AUGCUCCUGGCAAGGGCUCUCAUCCUCCUCUGGCUCCCAGGCUGUUUUGCCCUGACUGACUCAAAGCAGGUGAGGAGCCCUGGGCGGAUCAGUGGCCCCGAGGGGGGCUCGCUCACAGUGCAAUGUGGCUACGACAGCGGAUGGGAGAGGUACGUGAAAUGGUGGUGCAAGGGAGCCGACUGGAAUUCCUGUAAGAUCAUGGUUAGAACCACAGGAUCAGAGGACGAGCAGAGGAGCGACCGAGUGUCCAUCAGAGACAGCCACCGAAAUCACAUGAUCACAGUGACCAUGGACAGCCUCAGGGCAGGAGAUGCAGACACAUACUGGUGUGGGAUUGAGAAAGCAGGAACUGACCUCGGGGCCCAUGUUGUAGUGGCCAUUAACAAAGACGUUUCCCCCCUGAGGGGUCCCGAGGAUGUGAGGGUCCCCGUAGGCGGAUCCCUGACGGUGACGUGUCACUACAACUCAGGCUGGGAGAGGAAUGGGAAAUGGUGGUGCCGGGGAGAGGACUGGAGAGCCGGUGAGAUCAUCGUUAAAACCCUAGGAACAGAGAGAGACAACAAUGGGCGAGUGUCCAUUAGAGACAGCCCCGAAAAGCGGGCCUUCACAGUGACCAUGGAGAAUGUCACUGAGGGGGACACAGACACAUACUGGUGUGGAAUCCAGAGAGAAGGAAAUGGCCUUGGAGCUCGGGUGAGACUGAACACUUCCACAGACAUCUUCUCCCCGAAAGCGGUGAAUGGCCAAGAGGGACAAUCCCAGUCGGUUCAGUGUCGAUACGAGCAGCGCUACGGGAAGAACGAGAAAUCGUGGUGUCGAGGAGCUCAGUGGGGAAAAUGUCGGCCCAUCGUGAGCACCGGCUACCACAAGAACGAGGGGAGGAAUGGCAGCGUGUCCAUCAGCGACUGCCCGGAUAAUGACACAUUCACGGUGACCAUGGAGAAUCUCAGUACUGGGGACGCAGACACGUACUGGUGCAGGAUUGGAGCAGAGAGAGUUGUGCUGGGGGUUCCUGUGACAGUCACUGUGUCCCAAGUAACAACGACAACGACAGCAGUGACAAAUCCAAAGAUGCAAUCAAUAACGAAUAGCCCCCAGAAAUCAUCCUCCGCCCAAAGCAGUUCUUCUACAGGGUUUGAUCUCUUUAGACUCGAGUUCCUGCUGCCCCUGGUGUUUGGAGUUCUCCUGGUUGUGUUGGUGGGGGUCUCCAUCCUGGCGUGGAGAAUGGUGCGGAGGCAGAGGGAGGCAGCUGGGAAGUCAGCCAAUCCCUUGCCUAUGGACAAGGACCUGGAGUUACCCGCCACAGAAGCCUGCUACGCGGAUCUGAGUAUUCAUCAUUGGACAAAUGACAAUAGCCCCUCCUCGGACUCCUGCAGAGCUCCUGGAAAAUCUGCCCCUCUGGCCCACACCAGGAGCGCCCACCAGGAUGUGGAAUACGCCACUUUGGGCUCCGCAAAGACAAAGGACUCCACCUGUAUUACCUAUGCCACCGUGAGGCGACCGAGGCCCGCGGAGAACCCAACCUACGGCAAUGUGGAGCUCCAUCGCUCCCCUCGGAGAAACAACAGGACGGAAGCCAAGUAGGACAGACUAAAAUAGACCAGUCCCCUCUAGGCUGUAAGCCCCUUGUGGGCGGGGAACGUAUUUACCAACUCUGUUGUAUUGUACUAGUGCUAGUACGGUGGUGCUCUGCACACGGUAAGUAUUCGAUAAAUACCCUUGAUUGAUGGACUGACAGAGUAGCCCCGGUUACUGGCCUGCCUCCCUGACACUGAUCCCUGCCUCCCUCGGGAUGGGUCAGUGCCCACAGCUGGUCCUGAGCUCUAUUCCCCAUCCCUGGAUCCCUCCCACCACCAGAACCACUGACCUCGUCUAGGGCAGUGCUGGGAGGGAUGUGGUGGGCUGGAGGAGGGGGCGGAGGGGCCCU